GACACUUAACCUCUAACCUCUAAUCAAUCUAAUGUCAAAAUAAUGGCAGGAAUGGAAGGAUAUUAUAGUAUGCCGGAACCUAGAGCUGAAGACGAGUGGAAUGUAAAUGACGAAGAGUAUUAUUAUAGAAGAAUUAACCAGAAUCCUGCAACCAAGUAUGAUAGAGAAGCAUUGUCUAGGUCACUUAUGGUCAAACCGAAAUCUAGUAAUGCAGAAUCUGAAGAAGAGCAAGCUUACUUAACAACAAGGAAGUUCAUUGCAGAUGGUGUUAGAAUAGCUACACUCAUUACAGAAAACCUUCUUAGUCAUCCGUUUGUUGUGAUUCGACGACAAUGUCAGGUAAACCACAAUUCACGGAGGUUCCACAACACACCGUUCACUCUGUUGCCGGUGAUUGUAAGACUGAACCAGAGGCAAGGUUUGGCAACACUGUGGAAAGGCCUGGGCAGUGUGUUACUUGUCCGAGGCAUGACACUUGCCAUAGAGGAUGUCAUCUCCAAGUUCACCCCCUGGCCUAAGGAAGUGGGACGGUUGAGCACGUUUAAACAGUGGGGACAACAUUUCCUGCUUAAAAGUGUAACGCUUGCCAUUGUCACGCCGUUCUACGUCGCAAGUCUGGUGGAGACUGUACAGAGUGACAUAGCCAGUGAGAAGCCAGGCAUCUUCGAUGUGUUCCGGGAAGGAAUGUGUCGUCUGUUCAGUUGGAGUGGCACUCAGAAAGGACGCAUGUUGCCUAUCUGGUCUCUGGUUCUUCCUACCGUAGUGUUUGGGAUCUGCAAAUAUGGAUUCUCAAGAUUCUUACAAAGCGGGCUCUCUGGGAUAUUGCAUCUCAACCUCAGAAUAUCACAGGAAAAUAAGGGUGCCUUGCCAAGGGACUCCUUUAACCAUGCAGCCCAUCAAGACAUUGAGAUUACGUCCUCCAUGUUUGCAGUGUUGGGGACAGAGGUUGUGUUCUAUCCGUUUGAAACCAUUUUGCACAGAAUUCAUCUGCAGGGAACGAGAACAAUCAUCGACAACCUAGACUCAGGGAGGGAGGUUAUCCCCAUCUUGACUAGCUACGAGGGAGCUCUCGACUGUUACACCACCACAGUACAGUCCGAGGGAGUGUGCGGACUGUACAAGGGCUUUGGAGCGUUGGUUCUGCAAUGUUUAGCACAUUACGCUCUCAUCAGGGUGACAAAAGCUGUUCUCACACAAGCUUCGACGUUCUUCCGAAGCUCAUCUCCGCCUCCGCCCGAGCUGUUAAAGAGGACUAUUACCACGGAAAACUUAAAAGUGAAUCGACUGUGAAUCUUGUGUCAGUAGUUUUAAGUUUUUUAUCUAGUCCGUGAACAUGAAAACACAUCAACUUUUAAAGUCUUGUUAAUAUACCGAGUAAGUUUAGAUGUAAUUAAAUCAAUAUUCAUGACAUAAAUUUUCCCUAUUUAUAUUUUGUACUUAUUUUUACCAAAACAUUAUUCAUAAAUGUAGUCGUGUAGCAAUUCUAACAAAAUGUUUUUCUAUUAAGACCCAAGACCUAUUGUUUAAUGGUUUUUAACCACAUCAAGAACAUUUUAAAGAUUAUAAAUUUUGUGAAAAUAAACUAUCCUUGCCAGCUGGCACGGAUGGUUGCCAUCUUGUAUUUGUUUAAGUAUAAUCUUUUACUAUCGAAAGAAGUACAAAGUAGACUUACCAUUCCUCAAAAAGGCCAGUAAUGCACUGAGGCAUUUGCCAAGCACCAAAUAUACGAAAUAUACGAGCAGACUAGGGGCGAGCUACUUGAGUAUUUGCCAAAUUAUGAGCAGAGGUGUCCUAACGUUCAUCACCUUCCGAGCAGUGGGUUUGUUUCUUUAUUGUUUGGUAAAGGGCGGGAACGG